AUGUUCUUCCAGAUGGAAGCUCCUCACACUAAAGGACUCAUACGAAGACACAUCGAAGUGGCUAAACACAUCGCGACGAGCUUGUGGAGAAUUGCUGUUUCCCGUUUAUCGCGGAUAAAGCAUCAGAUGUUAUCACGUAUCGCGAAGAGAUACCAAAACUCGUUGAAAUCAUCGGUGCCAAGGCGUCGAGGAUCGCACGCCCUCUUCCUGGAGACGGGUGGUGCGGAAGCGAUAGAAGGAAAAAUUUCUCGGCGGGUGCUAGCAGCCACUGGAACAGCAAAAAUCAGAAAUAUUUUUGAAGCGAGUGGCGUUUUAGAACAACUCGUUGAAGGUUUUAAAAAUGAAACUAACCCAACACUGGUGGAAAAAAUGCUGAUUAUGUUCCGAAAUUUGGCAGUUUUUCGUCCGAUUUCUAAAAGGCUCAUGGAUUUGGGUCUCCCUAUAUUACUUCUUCGCUUACUCAAAGCUAAUGUACAUAAAACUGGCGAAGUCGCACUGGUAGCAACGGAGCUUUUGGGAAGCAUAGUUGAAAUAGAUGCGUCCAAUGCAUCGGCUGUUUGCGGUGAAUCUGUUGAUUUUUUCGAGGUCCUUUCGGAAGUGCUCAAUAAGCUCGUGUCUAUGCCUGGGGUGAAGUAUAAAAUAUGUCGUAACGAUUUGGCAACAAUUUUGAUGUUGCUGAUGGAAAACGGUCGUGGAAAGUUCUUCAAGAAUUUGCUAAAAUCGGGAUUGUUCGCAAUGAUGUUAUUUUGGGUUGUCAAAGACUGCGGUGACUACAACAGAGUUAAGGAGUUUGCUCAACGAAGCGUGCAGAAUAUGAGGCCGCUUACGGACCCAUUGACCAUAUUCGACGUUAACGCAUUGCAACCGGGGAGGAUGGGCUCGGCUGAGGAUGUCCAGUUGAGAAUAGUUUUGUGGCGCGCGGUAGCGUUCGCUGUCAGCAACGAUGAGGAUUGUGCGAAAGAAGGGGGAAAUUACGGAUUUAUAACAGCUUUGUUGACCGCGUUGAAAGAGUCGGGAGUAUCCGGAGGCUCUACUACGUAUGGUAUAAUGCUACAAUCAGCAGCAUUAUCAUCGAUAUCGAUGGUGUUAGAAGGAACUGUUGGUUUGAGAGAAGUCUUCGCUGAGGCCGAUGGGGUGAAUAUUGUCCUACGGUAUGUACAGCGCAUGGUGGGAGAACGCCACAGUAGAAGUGGCAGUGUUGAUACUCAGCAGCAUUACGCGAAGUUGUUGAGUAAAUCGCUCAACACCUUGAUGCUUGGAUUGGAGUUCUGUAAGGCGAGUGUGACUGAGGAGAAUACCGAACUUAGUACCGCAGCUGUACCGAUCCUUUGUGGAAUCAUCGCGAUGGAUGGUGACACGAAGAUGAGACACGACGCCCUCCCCCCGUUGCACAGAAUGUCGGAAUUCGGCGAUGCAGUGUUUGAGUUUACUCAGCAAGAAAGAUCCGAAGCGAUUAAAGGAGAUCAGAAAUUAUACAGUUCGGGUCGAGAAGCAUUGCUGACUGCAUGGGGUUGUGAUGGAGAUGUGGACGGCACAUUAUCUUCUGGUAUCUGCGCGGUUGAUUGCGUGUGGAACUGCAUAGUUGGUGAUAAAAAAUCAGAGGAGAAGUUCAUAGUUCACUUGAAUGGUGUUGGACAUUUGUUAGAGUGUUUUGAAGUAGGGCCAAAUGUGCUAAAGAGACAAAUUACUCUGAAAAGUGGUGUUAAACUCGUAUUAGAAUUGGUGGUUGGUGAGCAGCAGGGCUUAGGAGCGAUUGGUAAGGAUGGAAGUAUACUGGACAUGUAA